AUGUCCUUCUUCACGUUGUGCCUCUCCAUAGGAACGGUGCAUCAGCUGGAGCAGCUAGCUGGGUUUGCACACGACUAUAUCUGGGAGUUGAAAUUGGCUGUGCCAAAGGACCGUGGAUCUAGCACCAAACGCCUGCACCUGAUCUCUCCAUGUGACUUCCUCGCUUCCCUGCAGGGUGGCGGUUGGGUCUCUAGGCUACAAGAGUCUUUGGCAGUGCGUAGGAACUCUUACUGCGAUGAACUACAUGUUUUGACCCUAGAGGAGUUACUUCAGGUUCAAGAAGUGUCUCCCUGGGGCGAGAAGGUGGCGUGCAAGGUCCCCUUCCUCGGGCUCCUGCUGGACAGCAAGCUGGUGUACCUCAUAGUGGACUUUUCCUCCCACUUCCUGCUUUUCUUUGCAGUCUGGCCGACCGUCGAUGCCGUCUCUGUGGAGACUACCUCGGAAGUUCUUCGGGCUGCCCGGGGAAAGAGCGUCACCCUCCCAUGCACCUACAGCACGACUGCCACGGACCGGGAUGGAUUUAUCCAAUGGGAUAAACUUCUGAGGAGUCACACGGAAACAGUGGUCACCUGGAACUUCAGGACCCAAAGCUACGGCUAUGGAAACCUUUAUGAGAACCGUGUCAACAUCUCGGACAGCGCCCAGCAGUCGGACGCCUCCAUCACCAUCAGCCAGCUGACCAUGGACGACAACGGCACCUACGAGUGCUCCGUCUCGCUGCUGUCGGACAAGGCCAUCACCGCCAAGGGCCGCGUCCGCCUCUUGGUCCUCGUGUCACCCUCCAAGCCGGACUGCGGCAUCGAGGGCGAGACGGUGGUUGGGAACAACAUCCAGCUGACCUGCCAAUCCAAGGAGGGUUCCCCCGCCCCGCAGUACAGCUGGAAGAGCUACGACAUCCUGCACCGCGAGCGGCCCCUGGCCCAGCCAGCCUCGGGCCAGCCGGUGGCCCUGAAGAACAUCACCACGGACAUGUCGGGCUACUACAUCUGCACCUCCAGCAACGAGGUGGGGAGCGAGUUCUGCAACAUCACGCUGGCCGUCAGACUGCCCUCCAUGAACGUGGCCCUGUAUGCUGGCAUCGCGGGCGGCGUGGCAGUGGCCCUCAUCAUCAUUGGGGUCAUCAUCUAUUGCUGCUGCUGCCGCGGGAAGGACAGCAAGGCCGAGGACAUGGAGGACGCGAGGCCGAACAGGGCAGCCUACCAAGAGCCGUCACAGCAGCUGAGGGAGCUUCCCAACGAGAGAGAAGAGGAGGAGGGUGACUACGGGCACGAAGACCAGAGGAGCUCUGGUCGCCAGUCCCCCAGCCCCGCUGGCCGGUGA